GUGAUUCCUAGUUAUACAAGAAAAUAUAAUUUGGCAAACAUCAUGUUGGGGACACCUGUUCAGCAGCUUUCUCCAUGCCUGGUUUGAGGUUAGAGUGUACAACCAAGGCUGGAAUCUAGAAGGAGCCCUUUAUAUGUGUGUACGGAAAGUGUGCACAGCUGAACCUUUUGUAACUGAAUCCCCUACCCACCCCCAUAGGGUCUAGAAGCUACAGCAGUGGAAAAUAGAUGGACAAAUAUGGUUACACACGUAGAAAACCUCUUUCAGGCAUCCCUUUUCAAUGCAGUCAAGGAGGUGUUUCAAAAAAUAAGCAAGGACCUUUUCCCUAUGCUGCACCAACUGGUAUCAGCCAGAUGGAUAAUUUUAUUCAUUCAUUCAUUCCCCACCCAUCUCAGGGCGGCUCCCAACAGAAUAUUAAUAACACGAUAAAACACCAAACUUUAAAAACUUCCCUAAACAGGGCUGUCUUCAGAUGUCUUCUAAAAGUCAGAGAGUUUUUUUAUCUCCUUGACAUCUGAUGGGAGGGCAUUCCACAGGGUGGGCGAUCUUCCUGGUUCCCUGUAACCUCGCAGUGAGGGAACCGCCAGAAGGCCCUCAGAGCUGGACCUCACUGUCUGAGCUGAAUGAUGGGGUUUGAGACACUCCUUUGGCUAUAAUGGGGAACAGUGCAGGCUUUAGCGACCUUGCCACAAAGAAAGCACAUCUUUCAGCUGAUCUAAAGUUACGGAAAAAGCUCUUGUUGUCAGUGCAGAUCUCGUACCAUAUCCGAAGGCAGGUGGGGGUUACAAUAUUGAAAUGUUCCUCCGUGCUAAAAAAAAAGAGCAACGAGAAUCUUAACAAGCACAUCAGGAAGACGGUCUGGUUGAAAUGCUUUCCCCAAUAUCCUCUUCUGUCAAAGGCAGGAUAUUUUCACCUAGGUCACCAUUUAGUUGUGCAGCCCUCCCCUGUUCUGAGGUGAUAACCAUCUCAGUAGGGACUAAUCUCUGUGUGUUUGCUGAACAUAGUGGUUCGCUCUCAUUUCAUUUAUCCUAUGUCACCGUAGGAAGUGAACCACAUUUUUGUUUAUGCACCCCUAAGCUUAUUUUCUGGGCUCCUUGAAAGAGCAUUUGUGAAUCCCAGCGGGUAUUCAGUAUUGCCUAGACUGGCAGGUUCCCAGUUUCAGGAAAGGAGAGAACAAAUGCAGAACUCGAGAACAGCUAAGAAAAAAGUUGGUCUAUACAUUUAUAAGGAAAAGCUACUGAGUUGCAGUGACUACUGUAAUAACAUGGUGAGAUUUUUAUUCGCUUUAAAUAAGGUCAGUCUUGUUUUGGCAGAUCACUCUAGACUGAAAUACUAAUAAACAGUCCAAGCUCCUUCGUUACAAUGCUGUGAUAAAUCUGACAGGCAGCAGUCAACACGCCAUCCUAAUGAAAGAAAAAAAUAUCUAAGGAGAAGUGCCUUCAGUGAUUCAGGCAUUUAAGGUGGGCUUGCUGCCUAUGGUCUCACAAAUCUCACCAAAUAUAUUGGAAGCAGACAUAACAUUUGGAAAUUGUUCAUUAGCCAAAGAAUGCUAUCGUUUCACUGGUUUUUCUUUUUCUCGUUCCCUUCUCUUCGUCGUGACUUCCGGCAACCCAACACGAUAUAAUUGCAACGUGAGACUCAACAGCCGCACAUUAAGGUCAUAUCACCGUAAGAGAUUAUUUGACGUGUUACCAGAAGCUGAGCACACUUGGGGUCGGGGCGAACAUUCUAAAGGAUUGCGUCUAAAAAUUGCAGCUGCAACUCAAGUGCCCCCCCUUCCAUUCCUGGAACAUCUCGCUCGAUUUACUCUGUGUCCUGACAUCAUUUCAGGACAAGUGCUCUCCUUCCUAUUACACACCAUUGGUGGCUGCAGAUGGAAGUGGGGACAUUAUGAGGACAUCAGGCUAUUUUAUUCGGACCUCAGCAUGCGGACUCUCAGCACGCCCAGCCCAGCGCUAAUAUGUCCGCCAAAUUCGCACAUUUUGCAGAAUGGCCGGGGAUCUUCCACAUCAUCCUCUUCAAUUACCGGGGAGACCAUCGCAAUGGUUCACUCGCCUCCUCCAACCCGCCUCACCCAUCCUCUCAUCCGGUCCGCCUCCCGACUUCAGAAGGAACGGGCUAACAUCGACCGGCUGCCGGACCAUUCAGUGAUCCAGAUUUUCUCUUUCCUGCCUACCAACCAGCUGUGCCGCUGCGCCCGUGUGUGUCGCCGCUGGUAUAAUCUUGCUUGGGACCCCCAUCUCUGGAGGACUAUUCGCUUGACGGGCGAGACAAUCAACGUGGACAGAGCCCUGAAGGUGCUGACUCGGCGACUUUGCCAGGACACGCCCAACGUCUGUCUCAUGUUGGAGACGGUAAUUGUUAGUGGCUGCAGGCGGCUCACAGACAGAGGACUCUAUACUAUUGCUCAAUGCUGCCCUGAACUGAGGCAGUUAGAGGUGUCGGGUUGCUACAAUAUUUCCAACGAGGCGGUCUUCGAUGUGGUGUCACUGUGUCCCAACCUGGAGCACUUGGAUGUGUCAGGUUGUUCCAAAGUUACGUGCAUCAGUCUAACCCGUGAAGCUUCCAUCAAGUUGUCUCCCUUACAUGGAAAACAGAUCUCUAUCCGCUACCUAGACAUGACGGACUGCUUUGUCCUCGAGGAUGAAGGACUUCACACCAUUGCUGCCCACUGCACUCAGUUGACACACCUCUACCUGCGGCGCUGCAUCCGCAUCACCGACGAAGGCCUCCGUUACCUGAUGAUUUACUGCACGUCCAUCAGGGAGCUGAGCGUGAGCGACUGCCGCUUUGUCAGCGAUUUCGGCAUGCGCGAGAUCGCCAAGCUGGAGCUGCGCCUGCGGUACCUCAGCAUCGCCCACUGCGCCCGCAUCACCGACGUCGGCAUCCGCUACAUCGCCAAGUACUGCAGCAAGUUGCGAUACCUCAACGCACGGGGCUGUGAGGGCAUCACGGACCACGGAGUGGAGUACCUUGCCAAAAAUUGCACAAAACUCAAGUCGCUAGACAUUGGGAAAUGCCCUCUGGUCUCCGACGCCGGCUUGGAGUUCCUGGCUCUGAACUGCUUCAAUCUGAAGAGGCUGAGCCUGAAGUCAUGCGAGAGCAUCACCGGACAAGGCCUGCAGAUUGUGGCGGCCAACUGCUUUGAUUUGCAGAUGAUGAACGUGCAGGACUGCGAGAUCUCGGUGGAAGCUUUGCGGUUUGUCAAACGCCAUUGCAAGCGCUGCAUUAUAGAGCACACCAACCCUGCCUUUUUCUGAAGCGACAGGUCUCACUUGUUGAGGAAAGCAAAGUAUUAAAAAAUGUCUGUAUGUACACUUGCACAGAAUGUCUGUAUACAGCAACUGUACUUUCUGCCUGCCAUAAGCAGAAAACAUAGAGGCUUAGCAUCAUCCACAUUUGGUCCCUAAGACACCUUUUAGUGGCCUUGUUCAAAUCUUUAAAAUGCCAGCAUUUAGUGUUUUAAAAACGUAAUUCUCUAGCCUUUACAGUUACUGAGCUACAAGAUAGUUUUGUGUGCGUGUGUGUGUGUACAGUUUGGAAAGAGAGUAACAGAAGUCCCAGUUUGUUUUUGGCUUCAAAUGCCCAAGUGAGUUGUGACCAAGGCUGCAGGCCUAUACACACUUACCUGGGCAUAAAUUCCAUUGGAAACAAUGAGCCUUUCUUUCAAGUAGACAUGCAUAGGAUUGUACUGGAAAUCCUACUGAAACAAUUGGAAGAAGCCAUGACAAGUCUCAUUGCUUUCAACAAAACUUCACCACGGAUACCUUUGAGCUGAAUUAGAGCCAUAAUAUCUAGACUUAGCCCAUGUUGUCAUUUGAGAGGUUGUCAGGUUUGUCUGUUUUAGUUUUAGGGUGUGUGAGUUUUUUUUUUACAUUUUCAGUGCUGGAAUUGCAGUUUAAUGAACAAUGGUGUCAAAGCAGAAGUGCAAUACAUCCACCGACUCUGGUCAUUACGAGUCAUUGUAAUUAUGGAACCGGCAGCAAACUAGCUUUGGCGCAUGUGUGUUUUGAAUGUGAUGCUCAGCACUGAACAAAUUGCCUGCUCCCUGCUCUUUGUGUCUGUCAUGAGUCCUGUUGAGAGCUUUUCUUUGAAGAGUGUCAUAAGCCACCUUCCUUAAACUCAGAUUGCAUCAAAGUUUCCUGUCCCCUGGAAGCAGCAUCUGUGUACAUGAUGUAGCUCUUGCAACGCUCUUUCCUCUUUUCCUCCCUGCCAUCACAAUUUAUCUAAAACAAUUACAGGGAAGCUGUGACUUGCCAGGAGUUUGCCUGGCCUUGCUGACUGAGGGUUAUGGAGGUUGGAGUCCAACAAAAUCUGGAAAGCCACACUUUUCCACCCCGAUCUUGGAUGUGGGUUUUCUCAGACUCAGCGCUUUCUGCUAGACUCCAAAGAAACUCUUGAACAUUUCAGAUCGUCACUAUAGUAAAUCCUUUAUACUGUCGUUAGAUUUCAUAAUCACCAACCUGCCAUCUGAGCCUGUCUUCUCCUCAUCCCCUCAGGAUCUGCUAGCCUUGUCUCUUUUCAUUUAGCAAAUGGGUGGCCAGCCUAAGACACAAAGGCGACAAUCGGAGAACCCAUAAAACUUGUCAUGGCACAGUCAGUCCUUCUACUCCCAUCUGAAUCUUAUAUUGCUGCCUGCUCUUUAAUGCAGUACACUAGAAGCAGGUGGCGCUGUGGUCUAAACCACUGAGCUUCUUGGGCUUGCUGAUCAGAAGGUCGGCGGUUCGAAUCCCUGCAACAGGGUGAGCUCCCGUUGCUCUGUCCCAACUCCUGCCAACCUAGCAUUUUGAAAGCACACCAGUGUGAGUACAUAAAUAGGUACCGCUGCUGCGGGAAGGUAAAUGGCAUUUCCGUGCGCUCUGGCUUCCGUCACGGUGUCCCAUUGCACCAGAAGCAAUUUAGUGCUGCUGGCCACAUGACCCGGAAAGCUGUCUGUGGACAAACGCCGGCUCCCUCAGCCUGAAAGCAAGAUGAGCACCGCAACCCCAUAGUCACCUUUGACUGGACUUAACCAUCCAGGGGUCCUUUACCUUUUUACCUUUACUAGAAGCAAAGCUACACCCUGGUUCAACAGGCUGCAUAUUGUCUAAAAUAUCAUUUGUUGGCAUCCAUCUGUCUUGGGAGACAAUGGAGAAGAUGUCCUUGGGGAUUCCAUUCUGUUGAACUUAAUACCAUUUUCUGUGGACCAGGCAAUGUACAGAAAAUUUGAGAUUGGGCUCUCAGUAGUAAUUCGGGAAUGGCUGGCCCAAAACAACACAGUAGGAUCCUUGCUAGGUCUACACUUUCAAUACGCGCAUGACACUUUCCAUUAAUAUUGAGCUCAAGAACAUGAAAUGAGACCAUUGGGAAUAAGGUCAAUAGUAUACAUGCCCAUCAUGUUUUUGUUAGUCUGAAAAGAUGGUACGAAGUGUUAACUUUUUGAGGUUUAAAGGCAGUUCCUUCAGAAUGCAUGAAUAAGAAGUGUUGUGACAUUUGUGAAAGGCCUUAUGACCAAAAUUCCUUAACUUUCAUUCAGCAAAGCCAGCGCUCAUCCAUCCCGAUUUCAUUCCCAUUUCUUUUUUCCGCUCCUUCUCACUCCUCCUUCUGUUGCCCUCUGUGUAGGACUUGCCUUUCAAAUGCUUCACUUUCUACCCAUGCAGGCACUUUCUAGUUUAUUCAUUAAUUCUAUAAAUAUCCCCAUAGAGAGGAAGGGGAAAUGGAGGACAGGACAGGCUCUGCUUACAGAGUCAAGUCACAAGCAUCCAGACCAGGGAUUUCUGUUCUCACAAAUUUCCUUUAAGCAGCUCACGUUUUCCCUCUUUAAACUGGUACAGUUUUCAGAGUGCAGCUAUAUUUCCCCUAUGUGUUUAUAAUGCAAACAACGGCUAUUAAAUGUAGGCUAUAUUUCUGAUGCCCUGCAAACACCAGGGAUUUGUAAUAAGUCUGAGUGGAGCUCUCAGCUACACUUAAGGAGGCUCAGCCGAUGGUUUCUUAAUUGAAAAUAUUUAGAAAACUGUCUUUUCCUUGUUUUCUAAAACCUGGAAGCCUUACUGUAUUGCAGAUGCUUUUCCAUAACCUGAAGCAAAGUUGAAACCAAUUUGUUUCGAUAAACCAGGGAAGACCUCCAAUACGAAAGACACCAGAACUUUUGAAAAAUAUGGCCUGCUCUUUCAUUGAGACAGGAAAACAGCAAAUCCAACAUACACAGUGAGUCUGGAUAGUUGCAGUUUGGAGAAGAGAAACCCACUUUUAUUAUAACUAAAGGUUUUUAAGGCAAUGGCUUUUUUUGUAAUUUUCAGUGGCAAAAUCCUCCUCGUAGCAUCUGAUAGGAGUCACAGGCCCCCCAUAUUUGUUUCUUGGUGGCAUAGGUGCCUUGUGCUGUCAAAAUUACUUUCGCUCGCAUUUUCUAUUUCUUUGUCUGGGGCAGAGAGAUAUUUCCUAGACAGUAAAGCAAUUAGCCUGUAAGGUCAUAGCCUUGGGGAACAGUGGUUUUCGAUGCUGUACACUCUAGUUGGAGAAAACCCACAAAUGUCAGACCAGUUGUUAUCAUUUCUCCACCAUUACAGACUUAAAGGGCAAUGUCCUAUAUGGACACUCAGUUGGAAUCUCAUGUGGGCAUGGCAGCUCAAGUGGGUGUCUUGUCAAAGGACUGCCAGCGAUGCUAAGUCAGUGCGUUUGAAAUCAUGACUGAAGGACAGCAGCUGUUUGGGGAAAUCAGGGCACUGUCAGCCUCAGAAAUCACCACUCGGAGCCUAAAAAGCAGCCAGGGAAUUGCUGCCUUUACAUAAUUGACAUAGAUUUUGGAGUUUUCUUUUCUCAAAAUCAGUAGUUUUCAGACUGUCUAGCUUUAGGGAAUCCUGAGGAACCUCAGCACAACUGCCGCCACAGAACGUCAAUAUGUUGCAGAGAAUCCUGAGGGUUUCUGUUUCAGGGCAUUGUCUAGCUAUGUUUGGGCUCACCCAUUGCCUCCUAUGCUUUGUGUAUGGGACCUAAAGUCUUCUCCUGUGGCUACAUGUUGCAAGGGUAGGAUCCUGGAUGUAAGAGAAACUGCCACCGUCGUUCUAGAUUACCAAAUUCUUCCCCAAACACAGAUGCUCAGAUUACCAGCAAGAAGUUGCCUUUUGAAAGCUCAGUAAAUUCCCUCUCCUUCCUCCUUUCUUUAUGGAAGAUCAUUUCACAGAUACUUUGUAUUUUGGGAAAUCCUAUUCCAAUUUGUGUUUGGCAAAGCGUUUAUUUUGUUUGUUUUUUGUUUGUCCUUCGACAUGAAAACCAGCCCUGGGUGAUUUUAUCUUAAGGCAGAAUCCCCCGUGGUCAGGUGACAACUGGUUUCUGAGUUGCAGUUCAGAUGCUGAAAACAUCUCUUAUAGGGAGAUGUGGGAAGGAAAACACUCUGUCUGUUUUUCCAGUUUGUAAAAAAUAGCUGCACUCGAGACAGAUGAUGUAAUUAAUCAGUGGCCCUGGAAUGGAGGAAAAAUCUGUAUGUCGAGGAAGAAAAGAAAACAAUUCUUGUAGUAACGCUCCCUAUGAUCCUGCAAAGUGAAGCUCUUUAAAGUCCCAGUGAUUGCAAUGAUUGUGUUGAAGGAUGUGCUUAAAUCUCUGCUACUAAAAUCAAUGGGGCAAGUGGAAUAGCUUGUGGGGUGAUUAGUUGUAAGUGAAAUGGAUUACCUUUGUGAGGCUUCCAUAUGUACAUACAUGCAUAUACACAUGUCCAUUCUUUCAGUACAAUGCUGCCCUUCCAUGGGCCGACUCAUAAUGUCUUGCAGUUUCCUUCUACAAACUGAUCAUAUCUAUCCAACCGCACUAAAGGCCAUGUGCUGAUGGCAGCGGCAGAACAAGCCGAUCGGGCGCCUGGGACAGCGCACGUGCUCUGCGCCCAGGGGCGGGGCCAGCCGGGACAGGACACUCCGCGGAGCCUCCAAGGAGUCUGCCUGCCUCCUCCCACUUAGCCACCCUACAGCUGAGGGGGAAGCGGCAGGCGGACUGUGUGGGCAGGGCGGAUCCUGCGGACGCCCCAGCCACUGCGUCACUCCCAGGAGAGACACGUGGCUUGGGUGCGUUGCAGGCCCCGCAGCGAGUGCCGGCCUCCAUUUUGUCACCCACCUCAGUGGUGACACCCAGGGCGUACCGCCCCCACCGCACCCCCCUUCCUCCGCCCCUGGCUGAUGGGGUCAUCUCAAAUCAAGCUGUUCUGGGGAACGCUGUGAUAUGCCAGCUAACAUCCAUUUAAUUUCUUUCCUCUUUCCAUUUAGAAGGUGACUGCGUAGUAGGAUGUUCUCUUAUCUCUUGCCAGCUACUCUCUUCACCACCCUUGGCUCACAGUAAAUCUGUCCUGAAGGGAAAGUGAUUAAGAGCUGGGCCUUAUAAGGUCUCUUAUGCAAGAUUUGAGGGUGCUUUCUUUUAAAAAAAAAAAAGAAAGUUGGUAUCUUGCUGGCUGCACUAAACGGAAAAGGACAACACUACUUGGUUCCAAUUGGGCUUUAAUGUUUAGAUUGGCAUGUACUCUGUGACUCACUAUAAAGCCUUAAUUUACUACUACCGAGAAAUAAAGCAAUAUAUUGGUAUAACGGCUUGAUUUAAUCAAUGUGUAUACAAUUGCAUGGUGAAAUGCAUGCAUGCACACUUCAGAAUUACAACGCCAUGUGAAGUUCUUUCUUGUGUAGAAGAACGAGGAGAUGGGAGGGAGCAUGUUCCAAGUAUCUGUGAAUGGGGCUGCUAGGUUCACCAGGCUUACAUGGAAACCAUACGUGACCAUACUGGCAGUGUGCGGAAACGAAAGGUAGGGGCACAACGGAACACUGUCCAUUUGCAAGACACACCCAAUACAGAGGUAAGCUACAGAGCCAAGGUCCUGCCUUCUCUCCCAGAUCCUGCCCUGCUUUUCACUUGUUCUCUCAGUAGACCCAUCUCAUCCCAGGGAUCUUGAUAUUACAAACAUUUCGCAAGGUCACCAGAUGUAUGAUACACUAUAGGUCUUGCUGUGCUACAAAAUGUCACUCAAGCCAAUGUCCAGAAGACUGAUGGAUCCGUCGUUUAACUUGGCUCGAUUUCCAGAGGCCCCUGAGGUCUCCCCGAAAUGGUUUUAUCUUGGGGGAGGGGGGAAUAUGCAGUGCAAUUUUUCUGUGUACUUCCUAAGGAGUUAAAUCUCAUUGGACUUAUUUCAGAUUACUUUCAAGUAAACAUGUAUGGGAUUGUGCUAUAAAAUACUGUAGUAAUAGAACAGAUGUUUUAAAGCAGAUCAUGUUUAUUUCCCAUAUAAAGCUUUCUAUCUUUAUUGUUUAUUUGACUGACGUUUCCAGAAAUCCUUGAUUUUCUAAACACAUUGAGAAAUAAUUAGCCCUC